UUUCCAGCCAGUAUGUAAGACCGUGGUUCUACCCGUUUCUUUUCAAGCAUGGAGAAAAGACGAGUUCCAUGCACGCGCCUUGGUGGUCAAUAACAAAACAAAAAUAGGUUAUGUGAGUUGAAUUCAGGAGUUCGACGCCAAGAUGUUUGUACUUGCCGAAUUUGAAGACAAUGUUCGAAUUCGUCCGUGGAUGUUUAAGCGAAAAUUGAACGAUGCUAUUGCUGAUGAGCUGAACAGAAAACUAGCUAAUAAGGUAUAUCACAACGUGGGUCUGUGUAUUGCUUUACAUGAUAUGACUCGUAUUGAAGAUUCUUACAUUUUUCCUGGAGAUGGUUCUUCUCACACAAAAGUGACCUUUCGCUUUAUCGUGUUCAGACCAUUCGUUGAAGAGAUUCUUGUUGGAAAGAUUCGGAGCUGCAGUGCUGAUGGUGUACAUGUCACUUUGGGAUUUUUUGAAGACAUAAUUAUCCCUCCUCAUAAGCUACAACAUCCUUCAAGAUUUGACCAAACUGAGCAAGCAUGGGUUUGGGAAUAUGAUACUGGAGAUGGAGAUAAGCAUGACUUAUUUAUGGAUGCUGGUGAAAGUAUACGGUUUAGAAUCGUGAAUGAAACUUUUAUUGAAACAUCACCCGUUGGUCCGUCUGUUAGCACCGAAACUGUUGAAAAAUCUGAAGUGAAUUUAACUUCGCCAUACACUCUCAGCGCUGCCAUAGAUGAGCCAGGCCUUGGACUUCUCUCUUGGUGGGAAAAUAGUUGAAAGUUCAAAGAGGAAUGUAUAGGAUGGACGAUUCAUAAUUGUGAUAUAAAAUGAGGGUUUGUAUACCAUGAGACGAGGCAAUUUGUACAAUACUUUUAUUUUACCUAAUAUCUCGUUCUACUAUUCUUAGCAUCUUCUUUAUUAUCCGUACGACAAAUUAUUUCAUCAGCAAAACAUCACGAAGUAACACAACACACAUCGGUUUCGUUUUAGAAUCAUAACGAAAUUGCAAAUUUAAUUAAUUUCCUUUUCUCUUCGGUAUUUACAAUUAUUACGUUCUUUGUUAUCUUAAAUGUAUAUUUUCACGCGUAAAAUAUUUUCAAUAUUCAAAUACUAUUACUUUCCCAGCAGCUAACUGUCAUUCGCUUCUUACGUUGUCACAAAAUUUCCAUUUACUCCAAAUAAGCCAUCCAGUAAAAUUAUUCACUUAUUAUAAUUACUGUUGUAAUAGCAGUUCAUUUAGUAUUUACCUAACUUGGUGCGUACAUAACAUGCCAAUACGACAGAAGACUUGGAGUAGAGUAAGUUUGUCAAAAUAAAUAAUUUUACAAAUACGGUUUACCAAUUGUUUUACAAUGUAUAAGUUGUAAUAACAUAGCAUAAAAUUAUAUGUCAAUAUACUUAUAUAGGUAUAUAAUUAUAAAUAAAAAAAAAUCUCCACAGUU